AUGAGUCAUGGAGAGGCAGAGAGAUGUACGUAUGGGGAGAGGAUUCUAGGAUCAAGCUCUGAGUAUGUGCAGAGCAAUAUUACUCGUUACUUCUUUGAUCCUCGAUACUAUUUCCAAGUGAAUGAUCAGUAUGUUAGGAACAAACUCAAGGUUGUUCUGUUUCCUUUCCUUCACCGGAGACAUUGGACUAGAAUCUCUGAACCAGUUGGGGGUAGGCUCUCAUACAAGCCUCCCAUCUAUGAUAUCAAUGCGCCAGACUUGUACAUUCCCUUUAUGGCAUUUGGUACGUACGUUGUUCUUGCUGAUCUUUCACCGAGGCUUAAUGGAAAGUAA